CUGUCUUUGAUUCAUACUGCUUUCCAUGAGGUCUUGGCACCUGCUCCCAGUGAAGGGUCGUAUACCAGGGAAGCAACGAAGCGCCGUCCCAUUACCCUGAACCAGUCCACUGACCAGUGAAUGCGUGCAAAACACGACAUUGGCUGAAAUAGAGAAUACCUAGGAUCAGUCACAUCCAAGGAAGGGACGACCUUGAAAACCUUAGUGGUUCUCACAACGACGUCCUCCAUCUACCCAGUACGUUGCCAACACACCGGCAGACGCAUCUUUUUUUCAUGAAUUGAAAUUGUCUACAUUUGUUGCACAAAAAUGGGACGACUCUUGGAAAACUUAUUCUCCCGGCGGUCGGGCGUGACUAGCACUGAGUUUGGAUCCCCCCUGCUCCGCCUGGAUGAGAGGUCAGAUGGUGGUAUGCCGCAUCGACUUCUUGGGGCAUCGUCAUCGAGAGAGGCUGUGGAAAGGUCGAUGGCUUGCGGAUUGCAGAAUGCGCCGUGCGAGGGAGAUAUUAAUUUCGAUCGGUCGGCUCGGCGACUUCACCCUGCCAGCUCGGCUCGACAUCGGGGAUCCCCCAGAACUGGCCUACUAUCUACAGAGUCUACGCGUCCUCCGAGGAGCAUACGGCGACUGACGGGCUGGGUGUCUCUUCUCCGUUCUCGCCGUUCCCGUGACAAAGCCGCGUGGGAGGCCUUCGCCGUGCCCGAUCGGUCCGCUUACCAUGCCCCCAUCACCCAUGGGGAUAGGGCUGACGGACAACUGGUCCCGUGCGCCAGCUUUUUGAGCGAGGAUCCCAGCUCCCGCAAGCCCAGUGACCGGACGACCGUGUCCGAUCUGACUGCCAUGACGGUCUCCCACCAUCCGUCGCGGCGUACCCUGACCCCGAUUCCCACCGUCGAUCGGGACCCGAUAUUCGAAGACGCUGGGCCCGACUCCACUCGAUUGGACGAUCCCCAGGUGAUGACUGCGCCGGUGGUCCAGGCUAACCCCGGGUUUUUGUACGCGGACGUGCCGUUCGACUUCUUUCCCGAACCUGUGGAGCGCGAUGUGGAUGAAAUCACCUUGCCGGCCUGUCAUUGUGGCAGCUCAUCCACGGAGAGCUCGGGUCUGCCUCGCAGUGUCUCCAAUGAGAUUCGGUGGCCCGGUGGGUUGGACCGACAGGCGGCCGCGAUCGCAUUCAAUGAACUGGCGGGCCAAUUUCAAUUCGUGCCCCUAUCGGUGCCACCGGACGGGGAGGAUGCGGAACUUGAUCGCACGGACGAGACGGUGCCACGGCGACGGGACCGGGUGCUUGUGCGCAUCCGCAGCAUGCGAUCCAGUUUGUCGCUGGGGUCGGUGUCUCCACCCCGGACCCUACGGCGGCGUCGGACUGUGGUCGGGGUCCGUUCUACCGCCUCUGCGAUGACCUCGCUUUGUGGCAAGUCAUUGGAAGAUUUGGCUCGGCUGGGGGGGCAUAGCUUUCUGUUUCUACCCCCGGGAUUUGCGCCCGCACCGCUGCGGCUGCCAGUGUGCUUCGUGGCUACGGCAAAGUAUCUGAGACGGUUUGGUCAGCCCCCUUCUCCUUGUUGUUUCCACGCUUGACGUGAUCUUCCUUGGGCCUUGGUUGAUUGUUCUGCUGGCAGGCCCUCAUGUGCAUGACCUUUUUUGGGAGAGGGGGGAUCAGAAAACGGCGACGCGGGUGUAUGAGUACUUUGCGCGGCAGGUGCGCUCGGCAGAGAGGGAGCAGAAUCGGAUCCAGGAAACGACCCGGCGCAGUCAGAUGCCGGUGGAGCUAGAGGAGGUGCUGCGACCGGACGGGUCCAGCAACCAUGCGUCGCAGGUGCAGGGAGUGGCGUGGGCAUUCAAGACCCUGGUGGCUGGGCUCCCGGGGGGUCUAUUGGGGUCGUCGCGACUAUACGAGGCACUGGUGGACCUCUCCCAUCAUCGACACAGCUCGGGAGUGGAGCGGAGCUCUGCACGAGUGCAGGGGAUCGGACUGGCGAUCAUCGCUCUCACCAGCCCGCUCCAGCGCAACCUGCUCUGCGGGGUGAUCGGGCUCUGCACCAGCCUGGUCGCUGGAGACGGCGAGACGGAGGGGGCGAUCCGUCAUCGUCUAGACGGUCUCAUCCAAGCCUGGGAGCCCGUCCUGCGAGGACAGAC